AUGGAGCUCGAACAGGACCAGCCUUACAUUGAUCACGACGAGGAUGAGAUUACACAGGAGGACGCGUGGGCCGUCAUCUCAGCCUACUUCGAAGAGAAAGGUCUCGUUCGUCAGCAGAUCGAUUCGUUCGAUCAGUUUAUUCAGAACACCAUGCAAGAGAUCGUCAAUGAGUCAGCUGAUAUCGAGAUCCGACCUGAGUCCCAGCACAUUCCUGGCCACCACUCUGAUUUCGCAGAGACAAUUUACAAGAUUAGUUUUGGACAGCUUCAUCUGAGUAAACCCAUGAUAACGGAGUCAGAUGGAGAGAUGGCCACCUUGUUCCCUAAGGCUGCAAGGUUGAGAAACCUCACCUACUCGGCUCCUUUGUUUGUCGAUGUUAGCAAGAGUGUUACUAAGAAAGGGCAUGAUGGUGAGGAAGUUACGGAGACUCAGGAUUUUUCCCAAGUUUUCAUUGGAAAGGUUCCCAUCAUGCUCCGGUCUACUUACUGUACCUUAAAUAGGAAUUCGGAGAAAGAUUUGACAGAGCUUGGAGAAUGUCCUUAUGAUCAGGGCGGAUACUUUAUUAUUGAUGGAAGUGAAAAGGUUCUGAUUGCUCAAGAGAAGAUGAGUACAAACCAUGUUUAUGUGUUCAAGAAGAGACAGCCAAAUAAGUAUUCCUAUGUUGCUGAAGUCCGUUCCAUGGCUGAAAACCAAAAUAGACCUCCAAGCACAAUGUUUGUGGGUAUGCUCUCUGGCUCGAAAGGGGGUUCAUCUGGACAGUUUAUUCGAUGUACUCUUCCAUAUGUCAAGAAAGAAAUUCCUAUUAUCAUCGUAUUUCGUGCAUUGGGAUUUGUUGCCGAUAAGGACAUAUUGGAACAUAUUUGCUAUGAUUUUGCCGAUACUCAGAUGAUGGAGUUGCUCAGACCUUCCUUGGAAGAAGCUUUUGUCAUUCAAAGUCAGCUGGUUGCACUUGACUAUAUUGGGACACGUGGUGCACCCGCUGGUGCAAACAAGGAAAUGAGGAUAAAGUAUGCAAGAGAUAUCCUUCAAAAAGAAAUGCUUCCUCAUGUAAAUGUUGGGGAGUCUUGUGAAACGGACAAAGCUUACCAUUUCGGGGAUAUCAUAAAUCGUCUGUUGCGUUGUGCACUUGGCCAAAAGCCAGAAGAUGAUAGGGAUCAUUAUGGUAACAAAAGGCUGGAUCUUGCUGGUCCUUUACUUGGAGGGCUGUUUAGAAUGCUUUUCAGAAAGCUAACGAGGGAUGUGCGAUCUUAUGUUCAAAAGUGCGUUGACAAUGGCAAAGAAGUCAAUCUUCAGUUUGCCAUUAAGGCUAAAACAAUUACCUCUGGCCUGAAGUAUGCUCUUGCUACUGGGAACUGGGGCCAGGCAAACGCUGCUGGCACAAGAGCUGGAGUCUCUCAGGUACUAAAUCGGUUAACAUAUGCUUCCACUUUGUCACAUCUGAGGCGUCUCAAUUCUCCUAUUGGGCGUGAAGGAAAAUUGGCAAAACCAAGACAACUGCACAACUCACAGUGGGGUAUGAUGUGCCCUGCUGAAACACCCGAAGGACAGGCUUGUGGUCUAGUGAAAAACUUGGCGCUCAUGGUCUACAUUACUGUUGGGUCAGCUGCUUCUUCCAUUUUGGCUGUCUUGGAAGCAUGGGGAACUGAGAGUUUUAAGGAAAUCUCUCCAUCAGUUAUCCCCCAAGCCACAAAAAUCAUUGUCAAUGGAAAGUGGAUUGGAAUUCAUCGAAAUCCUGACAUGUUGGUAAAAACGUUGAGACGUUUGAGGAGAAGGGUAAGGAAUGAUAUUAUUAACUCUGAAGUUGGCAUUGUUAGAGACAUUCGCUGGAAAGAGCUCCGGAUAUACACUGAUUAUGGUCGCUGUAGUCGCCCCUUGUUUAUUGUGGAUAAUCAGAGGCUCUUAAUAAAGAAGAAAGAUAUAUAUGCUCUGCAACAAAGUGUAAAGUUUAUAGUUUCUUGUUCUCAAAGUACGCUUUGUUAUAAUUUCAGUGUACCAAUACAUCUUUUCACAACCCAGGAAAAUGCAGAAGAAGCUGGUUGGAAUCAACUACUUAAAAAGGAGUUUAUAGAAUACAUAGACACAGAAGAAGAGGAAACGACUAUGAUAUCAAUGACUAUCAAUGAUCUGGUUCAAGCUAGGCUUCGUCCCGACGAGGCAUAUUCUGACACUUACACACAUUGUGAGAUUCACCCUUCUUUGAUAUUGGGCGUGUGUGCUUCAAUCAUACCAUUUCCCGACCAUAAUCAGUCACCCCGUAAUACAUACCAAUCAGCUAUGGGAAAGCAAGCCAUGGGAAUAUAUGUCACCAACUACCAAGUCCGCAUGGAUACUUUAGCCUAUGUUCUCUACUACCCUCAAAAGCCUCUAGUCACCACAAGAGCUAUGGAGCAUCUUCACUUUCGGCAACUUCCAGCAGGAAUUAAUGCUAUUGUUGCCAUUUCUUGCUAUUCUGGAUAUAAUCAAGAAGAUUCUGUCAUCAUGAAUCAGUCUUCAAUAGAUCGUGGUUUCUUUCGAUCCUUGUUCUUUCGGUCUUACAGAGACGAGGAGAAAAGAAUGGGGACACUUAUCAAAGAAGACUUUGGGCCCCCAGACAGAGGAAAUACACUGGGUAUGCGACAUGGUUCUUAUGAGAAACUGGAUGAUGAUGGUCUAGCACCUCCUGGUACUAGAGUUUCAGGUGAAGACGUAAUCAUUGGGAAAACCACUCCAAUAUCUCAAGAUGAAGCUCAAGGUCAAUCAACACGAUACACUAAACGUGAUCAUAGUAUAAGCUUGCGUCAUAGUGAAACUGGAAUGGUGGAUCAGGUAUUAUUGACCACAAAUGCAGAUGGUUUGAAGUUUGUGAAAGUGAGGGUUAGAUCUGUUCGUAUUCCUCAAAUUGGAGACAAAUUCAGUAGUAGACAUGGUCAGAAGGGAACUGUUGGCAUGACAUAUACACAGGAGGACAUGCCUUGGACGAUAGAAGGCGUUACUCCUGAUAUCAUUGUGAAUCCACAUGCUAUCCCGUCUCGGAUGACGAUUGGGCAGCUAAUUGAGUGCAUCAUGGGAAAAGUAGCAGCUCACAUGGGUAAAGAAGGAGAUGCCACUCCUUUUACAGAUGUCACGGUGGACAAUAUAAGCAAAGCUCUCCAUAAAUGUGGGUACCAAAUGCGUGGUUUUGAGAGAAUGUACAAUGGUCACACAGGCAGACCACUCCCAGCGAUGAUAUUCAUUGGACCAACGUAUUAUCAAAGGUUGAAGCAUAUGGUUGAUGACAAGAUCCACUCUCGUGGAAGAGGUCCUGUGCAAAUCUUAACAAGACAACCAGCUGAAGGACGAUCACGUGAUGGUGGUCUGCGUUUUGGAGAGAUGGAACGAGAUUGCAUGAUUGCUCAUGGGGCUGCUAACUUUCUGAAAGAGAGGCUGUUUGAUCAGAGCGAUGCGUAUAGGGUACAUGUGUGUGAAGCCUGUGGGCUCAUCGCCAUUGCAAACCUUAAGAAUAAUACUUUCGAAUGCAGAGGUUGCAAGAACACAACAGAUAUUGUUCAAGUUCACAUACCAUAUGCUUGCAAAUUACUCUUGCAAGAGCUUAUGUCAAUGGCUAUUGCGCCACGGAUGCUUACUAAAGACCUGAAAUCAGCUAAAGUCAGGAAGUGA